GGUUUUAUUCCUUUCCCAUUUCCCGUCUUUUCCUCUUUCCGCUCGCGUUCGUUCUCCGCUACAGAUAUCAUCUCCAUCGUCAUCGCUCUCACCUCGUCCAUGGAUGCCUGCGUCUGAUCUCGUCCGCCUUUUUAUUGAUCUCGAGAGAGAACGAGAAGCGACUUGCAUCGCCGGAGACGAAAAUUGCCGGUUUCGGGGGUAGACCUAUAAGGAUCCCGUUUCUUGCCGCGUCUGCGUCCUGCCGGUGUUGAUAGGAUGUCUACUCCUGCGAGAAAGAGAUUGAUGAGGGACUUCAAACGAUUGCAGCAGGACCCUCCUGCAGGCAUUAGUGGUGCUCCUCAGGAUAACAACAUUACACUAUGGAAUGCUAUCAUUUUUGGCCCUGAUGACACUCCUUGGGAUGGAGGUACGUUCAAACUCACACUGCAAUUUACUGAGGAUUAUCCAAACAAACCACCAACAGUUCGAUUUGUUUCUCGAAUGUUCCAUCCAAAUAUUUAUGCAGAUGGAAGUAUCUGUUUGGAUAUUUUGCAGAAUCAGUGGAGCCCUAUAUAUGAUGUAGCUGCAAUUCUAACAUCAAUCCAGUCAUUGCUUUGUGAUCCAAAUCCCAACUCCCCUGCCAACUCAGAAGCAGCUCGGAUGUUCAGUGAAAACAAGAGAGAGUACAACAGGAGAGUUAGAGAGAUUGUGGAGCAAAGCUGGACCGCAGACUGAUGGCUUCCACCUACAAGAACAAUAUCAAAAUUGUUAUGCAUCCCCCGAACUUAUAUGUUCUACUUCGUCAUUGAAAUGACUGAACCAUUUUAAAUGUUUGUGUAUUCAAAAAAUCCUAAUCUUGCAAUACUCCCUACUUGUAAUGUGUGUUUUGGCUUGCAAACAUAUCUUCUCGCUCGAGAUGGUUUGGUUAACUUUUGUGCAUAUUCUGUGUUCGAUCUGCGUUAUUUUAGGGUUCCCAUAGCUUCAAGCAUUGCUGGAUUUCUCAUUCUUAAUAAUUUUGUGUUGUGUUUCAGGUAA